GACAGAAAACACGGGGCGAGCUUCUCCAGUAUACUCCAGUUUCCGGGGUACGUGAUCCCAUCGCUCGGGGUCGUGUUUCCAUCCAUGUCUGGUCCGGGGCACGAUAUAAGAAUAACUCCCCGCCCAGUCCCGACGAUCUUUCCAGCAACACCAGCCGUGGGCCGUCGAGCACCAAGACACCCGAACAAUUCAUCCACACAAAUUUCUGACAAUGAAGAAGAUCCAAUACCCUUACAUCUGGCUAUUCUGUGGCUUCGCGGCCUUGGGCGCCUGCCUUUACGGAUAUGAUGGUGUUUACUUCAACGGUGUUUCGACUCUAGAUGUCUUCAUUCGACAUUUCGGUACGAAGAAUGACCAAGGGGAGUAUGAGAUCUCCCCUGGAGCUCUCUCGGUCAUGACUUCCAUGAUCAAUGUGGGUGAACUCGUCGGGUCCUUAACCGCCGCUCCAUUGAACGACAUGAUCGGACGCAAGGGGGUGUUUAUGAGUGGCACUAUCGCCAUCAUCAUCGGCGUCAUUCUCCAGCUCGUGACCAGCUCCAACAGAGCUCUAGUGACUGCCGGGCGCGCAAUUCUUGGUUUCGGCGUUGGGAACUUCAGUGCCACCAGUCCUCUAUACAUGGGAGAAAUCGCCCCCGACGCCAUGCGCGGCCCCCUCCUCAUGUGCUGGCAACUCACCCUCUCCGUCUCGCAGAUCAUCGCCGCCGGCAUCAACCGCGGCAUGGUCAACAUCGACGGCACCUUCGCAUACCGCUUCCCCAUCGCCUUCCAGCUCGUCUUCCCGCUCUUGAUCCUCGCCGGUAUCUGGUUCGUCCCCGAGUCGCCCCGCUGGCUGCUGCGCAAGGGCCGCCCCAACGCCGACGCGGAGGCCGAGCGCUCCCUCCGCUCCCUCUACCGCGACGACCCGACCUACGACCCACAUCCCACCCUCGUCGAGUUCCGGGCCGCCGUCGACCGCGAAGUCGAGGCGGAGGCCGAGAGCAGCUGGAUGCAGCUCAUCACAGACCCCAUCGAGCGGCGCAAGGUCAUCUACAGCGCCGGCGCCCUGAUCGCGCAGCAGAUCAACGGCAUCCAGUGGUUCUACUACUUCGGUACCGUCUUCAGCAAGGCCAUUGGACUCAAGGACCCCUUCAUGAUGACCCUGAUCGUCUUCAUCAUCCAGGUCUUCGUCGUCCUGGCCGCCGUGCUUCUGGCGAACAAGCUGCCCAGGCGGCCGUUACUGAUGAUCACGACGGGCAUCAUGACUGUGUCCAUCUUCGUGGUGGGGUGUCUUGGCAUCCCCGGUGGUGAGCCGUCUGAGGCCAUCGGAAAGGUCAUCAUCAGCUUUGUCAUUAUCGAGAUUGUGGCGUUCAACUUUGCAUGGGGCCCGCUCGGCUGGACAAUUGCAUCCGAAAUGGCCGUCGGUCGUAACCGCAACAAGAUCUACGCUAUUGCCGUCGCCUGCUUCUGGGUCACCGUUUGGGUCACGGUCUUCACUCUCCCCUACCUCUACUACUCGGCCAACCUCGGCCCCAAGACCGGAUUCGUCUACACGGGGCUCUGCUUCGUAACCUGGGCGUAUGUGUAUUUCUGCGUCGGAGAGGUGACGGGUCGUACAAUGGAGGAGAUCGAGGGCUUCUUUAGGGACGGCAUUCCGGCGAAGCAAUGGAGGAACCAACCUCGCAAGACGGACCUGCCAGCGGCUGACAGUGAGAAGAGCGUUAGAAGCUCGGGCGAGAAGAUGGGACGGGUGGGAAACGGAGAGGAGGAGGUUGAGAAAGCGACGGGAGUGUAGAAGGGAGAGAACUGAAGGGGCAAAAUGAUCAUUGUAUUAUCUGUGUAGGAAAGGUCGAAGGGUUGUAAUGGAAGGGGUUGAGUCAGCGAUAAUAUCAUCUCAGAUGACGGAUUCUUUAUUUCCGUUGAGUAUAUUUGUAGAGACUGCGGCCUUGGGAGACUUGAGACGAGAUCAUACCUUUCUGUU